AUGUCAGAUAACGGUUCACCUGCUGCUCCCCCUGCCGAGGCCAAACCCAAGCCUGAAGGAGACGCCAACACACUUAAUAUCAAAAUCGUCUCCACUAACGGUGAUGAAGUGUUCUUCAAGAUCAAGAAGACUACCAAGUUGAACAAGUUAAAGUCCGCUUACGCUGAUCGAGUGGGGACUGACGUUAACGCCAUUCGUCUUCUUUUCGAUGGACAACGUAUCCUAGACGACCAAACAGCUAAUGAUCUCGAUCUUGAGGAUGGCGAUGCCAUCGAAGUUCUUCUUGAACAGGUUGGAGGGUACUAG